GAGAGAGAGCGCGCGCGAUGACGAGUAAGGCGUAGUCUCGCGAGAUGUCGGAGAGCGUCGAGAGCAGAUGAAGGGCAGAUCUCGCGAGAGUGUUUAGAAAGAAGGGGUGGAAAGAACGAAAAAAAAAAAGAAAGAUAGAAGGAAAGAAAAAAAGGACACAUAGAGGGAGAGAAUAAGGCCGUCGUGGGGAGAGAGGGAGAAGGAGAGAGGAAGAGAGAGAGAGAGAGAGAGAGAGAGAGAUUAUAAAGCAGGACAGAGGAAUAUAACCCGGGGGGAAUGAAGAUAUGGCGGACGCUAAACAGAAGCGGAACGAGCAGCUGAAGCGGUGGCUGGGAUCUGAGACCGACCUGGAGCCGCCGGUGAUCAAGAAGAAGAAGACGAAGGUGAAGUUCGACGAGGGAGCCGUGUUCCUGGCCGCCUGCUCCAGCGGAGACACCGAGGAGGUCCUGCGGCUCCUGGAGCGCGGAGCCGAUAUCAACUACGCCAAUGUGGACGGACUGACCGCGCUGCACCAGGCGUGUAUUGAUGAUAACGUGGACAUGGUGACGUUCCUCGUGGAACAUGGCGCUUGUAUCAAUCAGCCGGAUAAUGAGGGAUGGAUUCCUCUCCAUGCUGCUGCUUCCUGUGGAUACAUGGACAUAGCAGAGUAUUUGAUUAGUCAGGGGGCGAAUGUGGGCGUGGUCAAUAGUGAGGGAGAGACGCCGCUGGAUAUCGCAGAGGAAGAAGCCAUGGAGGAGCUGCUGAAGAAUGAAAUCAACCGACAAGGUGUGGAUAUCGAGGCGGCGAGGAAAGAGGAGGAGCGCAUCAUGCUACGUGACGCACGUCAGUGGCUGAACAGCAGGCAAAUAAAUGACGUCCGACACGCCAAGUCAGGAGGCACCGCGCUGCACGUCGCCGCCGCUAAAGGCUACACGGAGGUUCUGAAGCUUUUGAUCCAGGCAGGUUAUGAUGUAAAUAUUAAAGAUUAUGACGGCUGGACUCCUCUUCACGCUGCUGCUCACUGGGGGAAGGAUGAAGCCUGCAGGAUCCUGGUGGAGAACCUGUGCGACAUGGACGUCGUUAAUAAAGUGGGUCAGACGGCGUUGGAUGUGGCUGAUGAAGAUGUUUUGGGAUAUUUAGAAGAACUACAGAAGAAACAGAACCUGCUGUUGAGUGAGAAGAAGGAUGCUAAGAAAUCUCCUUUGAUAGAGACCACCACUACAGCAGAUAAUAACCAGUCCACUAAACCUGCUGUAAAAAGCAGUAAGGAGACGUUGUUGUUGGAGGUGGAGAAGAACGCUCCUCACAUCGAGAACCUGGAGUCAGAGAAAGCUGACGAGGAAGACGAGGGGAAGAAAGACGAGUCCAGCUGCUCCAGUGAGGAAGAGGAUGAAGACGACUCUGAGUCUGAGAAUGAAGCAGAUAAAACCAAAUCAGUCGCUCCGGUCAGUAACUCCACCAGCGCUGUCCCCGCCCCCUCCACCAUCCCAGUCUCCGCCUCCAGCAACACUCCAGCCACGCCCACCUCGCCUGUCAAAAAGUGUGAGUAUGUAUCUGCCCCGGGAGAGGCGUGUCCUGCAUUGUGGCGUCAGGGUUUGAGAAAAACAGGCAUUUCUCUUGUGCCCAGUAAAGUGAUGGUGAGUGUAACUGCAGGAAAAGUGUCUCCUAAAGAGGAGGAGAGGAAGGACGAGUCUCCGGCGUCAUGGAGACUGGGCCUGAGGAAGACAGGAAGUUAUGGAGCGCUGGCAGAGAUCAGCGCUGCUAAAGAGGCUCAGAAGGAGAAAGACCUGAGUGGCGUGAUGCGCUCCGCCUCCUCGCCCCGCCUCACCUCCUCACUGGAUAACAAGGACAAGGAGAAGGAAAAGGAGAAAUCUCUGGCAUAUGUGGUUCCUACUUUCCCCAGAAGACACCCGAGUGUAUCAGACAUUGAUGAGAAGGAAAACAGGGACUCGGCGGCUAGCCUGGUGCGCAGUGGUUCUUACACACGGAGACGCUGGGAUGAGGAUCUGAAGAACAAUGACACAACCUCCUUGAACCGAACGUCCAGCUACCAGCGCAGCACAUCACACACUUUAACACUCGGCCGAAGCAGCAGCUCUCGCGAUCUUCCUGCAAAAUCAUCUUCGGCUUCCAGUUUGGAUCCUAACAGCACUAAAGCCUCAUCGUCCUACUACCAGUCUUACAGCAUACACCGCAGCGGAUCAUUCGGAAGGAGGCAAGACGACGCCGUGAGUUCCGGUUCCUCCGCGGUUACCACGACAACAAGCUCCACCGCCACUACUACAAUUACCUCACCUACAGGACAUCGCAGUCUGUCCAGGUUCUGGUCCGAGGAUGGUGCUGAGAAAGAGAAGGAGUCAGCGACUGUAAUGCCCACCAUUAACACUGCAGCCACCACCACCACCACCCACACUACUGCAGGAGACGGCCGAGAGAGACGCAGAUCCUACCUCACUCCCGUGCGUGAUGAGGAGUCCGAGUCUCAGAGGAAAGCUCGAUCUCGACAGGCCAGGCAGUCCAGAAGGUCCACACAGGGCGUGACCUUGACCGACCUUCAGGAGGCGGAGAAGACCAUUGGGCGUAAUCGCCCGACUCGGUCCCGAGAGGAGGAGAAGGAGAAAGAAGAGAAGGAAAAACAGGACAAGGAGAAACAGGAGGAGAAGAAGGAGGCGGAGACUAAGGAGGACGACUAUCGAUCACGUUAUCGCUUCGAGGAGCGUUACCGCACUCCCUCCUUGAGCUCGUCCACAACCGCUCCAUCAUCUUCCUCGAUCACUUCAUCCCUGUACACGUCCUCCUCCUCUUCCUCGCUGAGCCGCCCUGAUAGCCUGAGUGGGAUCACGCCCAGCUACAGGAGCUUCCCCCGUGACACAGAGAAAGAUAAGAAAGAAGAAGAGAAGGAGGGAGAGGAUAAAACUCAGCCUCGCUCUAUACGGGAUCGCAGACGUCCUCGAGAGAAACGACGAUCUACUGGAGUGCCAUUCUGGACCCAAGAUAGCGAUGAGAACGACCCCGAACAGCACUCAGAUUUAGAGGAAGGAAGCACUAAAGCAGAACCUCAGAGUGAAAGACUCUCGAGAAACGACGGCGUGUCCUCAGGUUCAUCGCUCGCGGAUCGUUAUGAGCACAGGGAAAGCCGCCGGACGUACUCACGCCUCGACCGAGACGACAACACUGACUACAAGAAGCUUUAUGAACAGAUCCAAGCUGAAAAUGAAAAGUUGAAGUCUCAGUUACACGACACACAUCUGGAGCUGGAUGAUUUGAAACGGCAGCUGGAGAAGGCCACACAGGUGAGGGGAUUACAGAGACAGGAGCGUUUGCUGAUAGAUCACAGCUGGAGAUGGAGAAAAGGGUUGCAGGCAGGUCUCAGUACCGGCUCGGUGCGCUCGGAAAGACGAGCUCUAGAAAGAAAGAUUUCUGAGAUGGAGGAGGAACUUAAGAUGUUACCCGACCUGAAGGCGGAUAAUCAGAGGCUAAAGGACGAGAACGGCGCUCUGAUCCGAGUCAUUAGUAAACUUUCUAAGUAGAACAGCGCCCCCUGUGGUCAGAGAGGGGGAUUACACACAUCCAUCCUCCUUUAGCUCUCCAUCGAUCACUCUAUCACGCUCUUCUCUCACCCUCCUCGCCACUUAAAGCCUCACUUUCUUCAUCUGUGUCUGGUCUGAUCUGGCUGCUGCAGUACCGCACACACACACACACACACACACACACACACACACACACACUAGCUCGAACCCUCACGCCUUCGUCUGUACAGAAAAAGGAACAAAUAAUAAUAAAGAAACAGUUCACUGGUGCCACAAACAACAUUCCUUCACUUUUCUUUUCCUUCUCCUUACUCCCUCUAUACUAAGUGUACCCCCCCUCUCUCUCUCUCCUUUAUCCUCCCUUUCAUGUAGAAGCCCCGCCCCCUUUUCCCUCAUUCUCUGUGGUACUGUUUCUCGGCAGCGGAUUUCCCAGCAUUCAACAGUGCUGGUGCACGUAACCUGAAACCCCCACGCUAGUGCUCCUUCCUCCACACACACACACACACACACACACACACACACACACACACACACACACACACACACACUCCUCUGGUGGAAUGUUGAGCUUUCACUGAAUGUGCAAUACGCCUCUGUUCCUUUAUAUACAGCGUUUUAAACACCAGGAGGAAGAAAAGUUCUCUUCUUUCUUUCACUCCCUCUUUUAUUCCUCCUCUUCUCCUUUUUCUUCCUCCUCACCCACCUCCACUUCCUCCUUCUCUACUUCUUCUCCCUACCUCCUUUCUCUUCCUCCUCUCCCUCCUUCUCUUUCUCCUUCUUUUUUCCCUCCAUACCUCUACCUCCUUCUCCACCACCCUGUCCUUCAUUUCUCCUCUAAAUCCUCCUUUUCCUCCUCCUCCAUACUUUCUCUUCUUCCUCCUCCACUUCCCUGAUCCCCCUUUCCCCGGGUUGUGGGGCAGUAGUGUGUAAUCGACUCCUCACGGUGUUUUUUUCGCAGGUACUGAGUGAAGCUGUAUAGAAGCCUGUAGGUGGCGCUGUUUGAGACGAGCACAUGGCAUGCGCUGACGCUUUUCUCCGUCUGUUACUGAUCCGAUAUCACGGCUCCGGUCGAGAAAAUGUGCUUUCAGAUAUUUUUUAUUUUUUUCCUCUUUGUUGUUUUUUUUUUUUUUUAUACAUAUACAUUUUAUAUAUAUGUAUAAACGUAGUGUGGCUGGUGUGGGGGAGGGGCUCCAGCGCAGCCUAUCGGUUUUAAAGAGAAAUAAAUAUUCACCGUAAUUGUGACAUAAGAAUAAUAUAAUACGAAUUCACUACUUUUUCACACGCGUUGAGUGCUCGUUAUCUUUAUCUUCAUUUCUCUUCCCUCUUUCCCUCUUUCUCCUCCUCAGUGCUGUUAGCAUUAGCCGAGAUGUCCUCACUAAACACAAGCCUAGAUAUCGCUAACCCCGCCCCUUUCUUUCUGUUCCUGUUUUUUAUUGGAAAUAAAGACGUCUCCAUGCACUGUCCACGCCA